AUGCGGGCCAGACAUGGAAGCGGGGGCGCCGGCUCCUGCCCCGUGGUCCGUGCAGCCGGUCGCCCCGAGCGCCCUGCGCGCAGCGACGGCGCUUUCCUUACGCUCGUGGAUUCGGAGUCAGGAACUGCGACGACCCGGGCGGCCCGCCUGCUUCUGCUCCGCGAGGGGAAGGCCUCCGAAGAGGAGACCCGGCGGAGGCGGCGGACCACCGCGGCCGCGAGGAUCCACUCCCAAGGCGGCUUGGUCACGGGGGUGCGCGGAGGCUGCGGGCGCUGCCGGCCGGAGCCCCUGCACGGGACCCUCCGGCACGGUCACCUCGGGGAAGUUCCGUUUCUCACGGCGCAGCGCGCGGUCCGCGGGGAAUCUGGAAACCACGCACGCUCUGCGGCCCCUCCCAGCGGCGUGUGCGGGUUUACUUGCCCCCGGGCCGGGCUUCAGAAUCCGGCAGGUCAGAGAAGCGGUCUCGCGUUCCGGCCGCGGCCCGAUCGGAAGUGGAUACCGCGGCCCAGGAAGCCCGUCCCCUGUGGCGUCGUGUGGCGUCGUGUGACGUCACGCCCCCCCCCCCCCCCCCCCCCGUCACAAGAGUUGCUGAAAUGUUGCGGGAUCGCUGUGCUUACGGUUGCAUCCUGUCAGCCCCGCCCACGGCCUGACUCUGUUCCACCUCUCCUGCCCCGCAGCACGGACCCCUCCAGCAUCCGCCGUAAGGUCCGCGAACGUGAACUCGGCGGGGGCAGGGCGUCUUUGGCUCUCUCUGAUGUUCUGCACAAGAAAAAAUGGAAUAUCCCAGAUCCGGAUGAGAUGGAAGGAAGGAGUGAGGGGCCAUCUCAGGUGCUGGGAGACAUGCUGGUGGUUUGGACCACGGAGGUGAUACUGGAGUCUCUGCCUGCCUGCGUCACAGCACCUGCUCCUCCUCUGACGUCAGGUCUGCUUCUACUACCCCACCCCCACGGCCUGCCAGCGUCAAGACUCCCCCGGCUGCCUGCCUGUGUCACAGAACUUUCUCCUCCUCUGACGUCUCCCCACCUCCCUGCCUGCCGGCAUCACAGCACCUUCUCUGACAUCACGGCUCCCUCCACCUUCCUGCCUGCCAACGUCACCGCACCUCCUCUGACGUCACAUCUCCCUCCACCUCCCUCUUUUUAGCAAGCUUAGGGUUAUGCCCAGGGCCCAUCCCAGUCCUCCAGGAUUAUAUCUUCAUCUCAAGAUGCUCGGCUUAAUCGUAACUGCCAAACCCUCUUGCCAUA